GGCGCCGCUCUCCAGCACUAUGACCAAGUAGCAGCGGCAAAAGUGUAUCAUAUCUAACUUUUAACUUUGUUGGCGUAAAACCCGCUGUGUCGCCAUGGCUUUCCCGUCAUCAUGGCAAACAGAAGAAGAGUCCCCCGGGACAGACACGGGAUGAUUUCCUAGCCAGUCGCUAAAUUUAGGAAAAGUGCGUUUUUGGGUGUAACUUUGCCCGUACACCGGUAGUUGAAACGCACCCACGUCGGGGCCUCGGGAAAGGAUGUCUCAUGGCAGAAGGAUCGGUCAGCUCUGGGAGCACGGGUCCAACCCUCCAAACCAGGGACCCUCAACUCAACGCCAGCAGUUCCACGACGAUGAAGCGGCGUAUGGCGGACUACUCUGGAAGUGACUGAAUGGUUGGACGUGCACGGUUGUACUGAGACAGUGAGUUUUGGAGCGUAAAGGCCACCCUUGUGUCUCUUGCUCUCUCCGGUUCUGCUACAGGCGAGCCGUUCAAACUGCGACCACACCCUCCGCGCUUCCUGGUGCCGCGCUCCUUGCAGCGGGAGCGGCGCGUUGCAACGCUACUGCGACUUUCGCUUUUUUGGGGGGGGGGGGAUCUCCGUUUCGUUUUUAUUUUGGAGUGAGUGACUUAGCCCCGUGUGCUGCAUUAUUAGACUUGUACACGCACACACCCCGUGGCUUGCAGAGCAGCAGGUUAUGGAUCGCCGGACCCACUGCUACACAGGAUAUGCGGGUGUGCACACUCCUCUCUCUGGAGUUGAGAUGAAGAAGGCGUAUGGUGGACAAUGCCAGUGGAAAUAAGACUACCCGACGCGCUACUUUCUGAUACUGGAUUGCAUAUGAAAAAGAAAAGAUUGAAAGUCGUCGGAGUCGUGGUGUCGUGUCUCCGGACGUUUUGCUCCUAGUGGAUUUACUUGUGUGGGACUCAUGGGAUGAUGAUGUCCAGCGGUCCAGCGGUGAAGAGAAACCCGGGCCCGGGUGGCACCCGGUUCAUAACAAGCAUGACUCUGUUUCUCAGUCCACUUGGGCCGAUCAAACUCAAUGGGGAUAACUUGGAUAAGUACUCGGUGCUGUUGCGUCCUACUUGCUCCCAUGCAAGUAGACAGACAAUAGUUGUCUUGAUUACGGCAUUGUAGGAAACAAAGCAACACAAACAGAGAAGCUGAGACAGAGUCAUCUAUUGGGAAUGUAUCCCAAUCAAAAACGUGGUGGCUCGGGCAAGUCAGCCAGCGACGGGUCCACCAGUGCACCGAGCGGCAGCCUGCAGCAGAGGAAGAGGCUCUCCUCGGUCUGUGACAUCUGUAAGGGCAAGAUGCAGCUGGUGGCGGACCUCCUGCUGCUCUCCAGCGAGACGCGGCCGGUCAUGAGCUCGGAGGGCGUGGCCGUGGCGGAGACCUUCGAGCAGUGCCGCGACACGGUGAUCGCCCGCACCAAGGAGCUGUCCAUCCUCACCCACGACAUCCAGAGCCAGCUCAACAUGGGCCGCUUCACCGAGGUGGGCGACCGGCUGCUGGAGAUGGGCGACCUGGUGGUGUCGCUCACCGAGUGCUCGGCGCACGCCGCCUACCUGGCGGCGGUGGAGACGCCGGGCUCCCAGCCCUGCCAGCCGGGCCUGGUGGACCGCUACAAGGUGACCCGCUGCCGCCACGAGGUGGAGCAGAGCUGCGGCGUGCUGCGGGUCACGCCGCUGCCCGACCUCUCGCCGCAGCUCCUGCUGGAGCUGUCGCAGAACAUGUCGGCCAACCUCAAGACUCUCACGGACUCCUCGUCGCUGGCCAGCGAGCGCUCGCGCGACCGCUUCGCCAAGGAGCAGUUCAAGCUCGGCGUGAAGAGCAUGAGCACCAGCGGCACGGCGUUCCUGGCGUGCGUGCGCGAGGUGAAGAACCAGCCCAGUGAGCUGACGCGCAGCCGCUGCGUGCUGUUCAGCGCCGCCCUGGUGCAGGCGGUCAACGCGCUGGUGGGCUUCGCCACGGAGCCCCAGUUCCUGGGCCGGGCGGCCAGCAUCUCCGGCGAGGGCAAGGGGGUGCAGACGGCGGUGCUGGGGGGCGCCAUGAGCGUGGUGUCGGCCUGCGUCCUCCUGACUCAGGGGCUGCGCGACGUGGCCCAGCAUCCCGAGAGCAGCUCCAAGAUGGCCGACUACCGGGAGCGGCUGCGGAACUCUGCGUGCGCCGUGUCGGACGGCUGCACGCUGCUCUCCCAGGCGCUGCGGGAGCGGUCGUCGCCCCGGACGCUGCCGCCCGUCAACUCCCAUUCUGUGAAUUAGUUUAGAGAGAGAGAGAGAGAGCGCCCGAAUUACAACCCACCUCGCCGCCCUCCCUACGACGGCGAUACCAAAGAGACUUGCUUGGUUCGGCCCUCGAUUCGUCAGGUUUUAGAGGAGGCAGUCGAGGAAGGCAGCCCAAGGGUCCGCUUUCGGACGUAUCAGAACGUUCAACCGUGGUUGAAGUUGUUUUUCUAAGAGCACACACAUACAGUUUGCAAAGGUGUUGCGUCGCGCUGGAUGUGACCAAAAAAACCUUCCUAAGAAAAUAAAGAUAAGUGACCCUGUGGUCAUCGGCAGCCUGAUCCACGCUCCUCGGGGCCUCUUUCGCUAUGAAGACGGCUAAUGUCUCGAAACCUAAAACGUUUACCUCAGUUUUCAGAUCUGAUGAAAACAACAGCGUCGAUGGAUGGAUGUAGCCUUGAUGUGUAAACCUAUGGUUGGGUGGCCUGUACGAGUACUCAUACGUACGUUUGCAAGUUGGGAAGAUUGUGUAACUGAUUGGGUUUCUUUUCCGACGAGUGUGAAUUUUCAAAGGGUGGUAGCUGCUGUGAGUGUGUGCCAUAGGUUUUACACUAUUUACCGGACUUACAAUAGUAUUUUAAUGUGUCUCUUUUGAUCAUGCAUGUAAAGGAGUAUUUAUUUCAACUAUUAAAAUGAUGUUUCAGAUAAUAACGUUUGUCAAGAGUAGUGCCUUGUCCAAGGAUUAUUUAUGUUGGUAUGCUGUGUUGUCCACGUAAAUACCCUUAUCCUUUUAAAACUAUUGAAUUAUUUUGCUACAGGAUAGUGGAGUGACUGGGCAUGUGACACCUUUGACUUCCAGCCAAAAGGUUCUUGUCUUGGUAGUAUUAGGAUCCAUUCCCAAUGUCCACAUUGAGCAAAAGGCCUAACAAAGUAAAGUACAAAUAUAUGAAAACUGUCCAAAUAGUCCAAUUUGUUUUCUUGCAGAAUGUGUGGGGCUAUUUACAGCAUUGUUAAACCGGUGACACAAGUCACUCGACCGUGAACAGGGCUAAAUAAAAAAUCCUGUUCCUCCUGUUAUCGGUUCAACAUAACGCCCCACCAAUAUGAUUCACUUGGUAUUAAAAUAUAUAUAGUCUCAUUCAAAAUGUUAUUAGCACUGUAUCCUUUAAAUUUUACCUACCACUGCUACAGAUCAAUUGUUACACUUGACUGUUGGUCUCAGGUCUUUUGUGUUUCUAUUUGAACGAAAAUUAUAGUCAAAACGUGUCACUGAAUAAGUAACAGCAGUCUCUUGUUGCCUCUGCCCUCAAGCUCUAACCGUGAAGUGAAGAAGCUCAUCACUUCCUUCCUACGUGGGUGAAGUUUUCAAUCAGUGGGAUAGGUAACCUAAAAAAAUAAAUAAUAUGAUUCAGAGGGUGCUACAAACUGUCAACUAUCGGAGAGAGAUUCGACCACACGUUGUUCCCCGGUCAGUCUACACCACCCCGGUCUUCUCUUGUGUACUGCCCUCAACUAACACAUUCCUGGCAGGCCCCUGGCAGAUAACAUGGGCAUGGUGGAACCUUCGAAGGCUGCUAUCUUCGGCUCCGCAGAGUAACCCACGUUGAACGGUUUCCUCUGCACAGAGACACCGCUUCGCCCUGCUUGUCCUGGCCCGGGGCUUCUCCUCAAGCGCCUGUAAGCCCGAGGUCUUGACAGAACCGGCAGCCCCCAAAUCCUGCUUUAAUGAAAGUUUAUUGUGUUGAGUCCUGCACACCGCUGCAUUACGACGGGAGUUUAUUCCAAUCCAGCACGAAGAUAGCACGUCGACCGUUCUACGAUUCAAGGUGCGUUUCUUUGUGAGGAAAGGAGAUAAUGCCAUUCAAAUGAUGAUUAAGGAAACUGCUAUCCCACACUUUAUUGUGAAGGCUUUCCCUGACCUUUAGCAGAUAAAUAGCCACUGUAUAAACCGAGCACAAUGAAUAUAAAUGACUCUGACCACUUUACUGGAAUCUCUAUAACUUAUGCAAAGUCAGAGGUUGAGCAACGGGAACACGAGGGCAUUAAUAAAUAACUACUACACAAAUACUACUGUUAAAAAGGGGACAAACUCCUCACACACACACUCUAUAAUAAAAAAAAAAGUGAAUUGGAGUAAAAGGGAACUGAUAAAUGUUUGAGUGUUGCUGGAUGGAGCAUGGUUUGACCGUGGGCCACAGGUCAUCCAGCCUGUGAGACCAUGA